CCGAGAGCUGGGCCGGGCCGGUGCCGCUGGCCGGCGGCAAGCAGGCGGGCGCGGGGGAUGCCAGCGGACGGCCGCGGGUACCAGGCGGUGCUGCCCGGGCGCGGCGCGGCUCCCGCGGCCGCCAAGGAGAGCGCAGGAGCGGGGGAGCGCCGAGUCGGGCCCUCCGCCGCCGCCGCCGCCUCCCGCCGAGGCCAAGUGGAGGAGCGCGGCGCGGAGGAGCGGGAUGGGCGCCGGCGGCGGCUCCCCCGGGCAGGCGGCAUGUCUGCGGCAGAUCCUGCUGCUGCAGCUGGACCUCAUCGAGCAGCAGCAGCAGCAGCUGCAGGCCAAGGAGAAGGAGAUCGAGGAGCUCAAGGCCGAGCGCGACACGCUCCUUGCGCGCAUUGAGCGCAUGGAAAGAAGAGUGCAGCUGGUGAAGAAGGACACCGAGAGAGAAAAACACAGGAUUUUCCAGGGCUUCGAGGUGGAUGAGAAGGCUGAAGCAGAGGCGUGUGAGAAACUGCCGCUGGAAUGCCCGCAGGAACUGCUGGAGCCCUCGCAAACCCUGCAGCCCAAGCACUUCCCCUACGGCCGGAAUGGGAAGGGGCAUAAAAGGAAGCCGGCGUUUGGGAGCGCAGAGAGGAAAACGCCCGUUAAGAAAUUGGUGUCUGAGUUCUCAAAGGUGAAGGGUAAAACUCUGAAGCACUCUCCGGUGAAAGAGGAGUCGAGUGGUUCUUUGUCUGAAACUGUUUGCAAACGAGAACUGCGGAGCCAAGAGACUCCAGAAAAAAACAGGUCGCUGCUGGAGACCCCGCUCAGACCCUCCGCCCCACUGAAGGGCCCCAGCAGCCACCCCAAGGAAAAGGGCUUCUUCAGCGAGAUAGACGAUCUGCCCUACCUUUCCACCACGGAAAUGUACUUGUGUCGCUGGCAUCAGCCCCCCCCAUCACCGUUGCCGUUACGAGAGCCCUCCCCAAAGAAGGAGGAGACUGUAGCAAUUCCAUCUUGGAGGGACCAUGUUGUGGAGCCCCUGCGAGACCCCAACCCCUCAGACAUCCUGGAGAACCUCGAUGACAGCGUGUUUUCCAAACGGCAUGCAAAACUGGAGUUGGAUGAAAAACGAAGGAAAAGAUGGGACAUCCAAAGGAUCAGGGAACAAAGAAUUUUACAGCGACUGCAGCUCAGAAUGUAUAAAAGGAAAGGAAUUCAGGAGUCGGAGCCUGAAGUUACCUCAUUUUUCCCUGAGCCGGAUGAUGUGGAAAGCUUGCUGAUCACCCCCUACCUGCCUGUCGUUGCCUUUGGCCGCCCCUUACCCAAACUGACCCCACAGAACUUCGAGCUGCCCUGGCUGGAUGAGCGCAGCCGCUGCCGGCUGGAGGUGCAGAAGAAGCAGACCCCCCACCGGACCUGCAGGAAGUAGCAGCGCAGCGGAGCCGGGAGCUCUAAAUCCUCAACGCACAACGUUGGUUCUUUUUUAAUUUAAGCCUUCUGAGGGCGGCAGCGUGGCAGCGACCCGACCCCCCUCACACUGUGCCAGGAGGAGCCCCGUUCUGUGCCAGGCUGUUCCUACGGGCGCAGUGCUGGAGGGCGCUGCUCGCCGCUCCCCGCGGCUGAGCGGCAGGAAAUGGGGAACAAACGUUAAUUAAACGCAUCGCCCCGCCCUGCCGUGCGCGUGCGGCCUGAGCCCGGCCCGGAGCCCGCCCCGUGUGCCUGGGUCGCUGUGUAAAUACCCCCGGUGCUGACUCAAUGCAGACGUUUUAUUUGUUUGUUUGUUCUGUUUUUGGUUGUUUUUUUUUUCCUUUUUU